GGCAAAGAUGUGCGACGACCCUUCCAUUACCAUCAAUUCAAUUGACGAACUUACCGAAGAAGUAAUACUUAUAAACUACAUCAAAAAGAAGGAUUGGGUGGAGGAGCAUGACUCCUCAAAUGUCAUCAUUUCGCUCUGGACUACAUCAGCAGCGAGGAUCCACCUUCUGCAUGCCAUGCAGAAGGUUGUGAGGACAACUGGUUGUCAGCUUCUUUACACCGACACAGAUUCCUUAAUCUUCUCACAUCCAGACAACAAUUGUCCUCUUCAAUUAGGGCCUCAUCUGGGGCAAUUUACAGAUGAGUACCCGGAUUUCAACAUCUUGGAAUACUGUUCUGGAGGGGCCAAGCAAUAUGGAUUGAAACUACAAAAGAAGACUACUCCCAACAAUGAACCUGACUACGUUCUCAAAGUCCGUGGGAUGACGCUAAACUGGGAUGUGAUCAACAACCAAGGAUUGUGCUAUGAAAACUUCAAGAAGCAAGUUUUUGAUUUUAUGAAAUAUGAUAAUAUUCCCCUUUUAAUUAAGUACCCAAAUUUUCUUAGACCAUCGAUUAAAGAUGGUUCCAUAAUUACUCAACCUCUUACUAAAAUUUAUAAACCUUAUGUCGGAAAAGGUAUUGUCCGCCCUUCUGAUUUUGUUGUUCUAAAUUUUGGUCAUAUUAAUGACAAACAUCCUCGAAUUUUGCUCUGA